UGUUGUUAAGGUCAAUAGUAAAUGAGUAGCACAAAUGUUUUAAAGGCAGUUAAUUGAUUGACAUUGAUCAAAACAGAAGAAUCAAAUAAGAAGAGAUAAUUUUUUCAAGUUUUCGAAUUGUUUUGUAUAAGUAUCAGUGUGAUAAUUUGUUGAUAAACCAAACAACUUUUUUACAAAUAUAAAAUGUCGAAGAAGAAGAUUUGCAUCGUUGGCAGUGGCAAUUGGGGCUCGGCUAUAGCAAAAAUUGUAGGCGCCAAUGCUACAAAGUUCAAUAACAAAUUUGAAGAGACUGUUACUAUGUAUGUAUAUGAAGAAAUGAUUGAUGGUAAAAAACUUACAGAAAUAAUCAAUCAACAACAUGAAAAUGUCAAGUACUUACCAGGCCACAAGCUUCCACCAAACAUCGUCGCAGUUCCAGACGUUGUUGAAGCUGCUAAAGAUGCUGACAUUUUAAUUUUUGUAAUACCACAUCAAUUUAUACGUGGCUUAGCAGCUGCAAUGCUAGGAAAAAUUAAACCCACUGCUGUCGGGCUUUCUUUAAUCAAAGGAUUUGAUUCUUCAGAUGGAAAAAGUAUCAAAUUGAUUUCUAAAGUAGUAGAAGAACAUUUGAAAAUUCCUUGUUAUGUUUUGAUGGGUGCCAAUCUUGCUAACGAAGUUGCAGAAGAAAAAUUCUGUGAAACAACUAUUGGAUGUAAGGAUAAACGACUUGCUCCCAUUUUAAGAGAUUUAAUGAUGACACCCAACUUUAGAGUUGUCGUUGUAGAAGAUUGCGAAGCUGUUGAAGUUUGUGGUGCUCUUAAAAAUAUUGUUGCUUGUGCUGCCGGUUUUGUGGAUGGUAUGGGACUCGGAGAUAACACGAAAGCUGCAGUAAUUAGAUUGGGUUUAAUGGAGAUGAUUAAAUUUGUUGACACUUUUUACGGAGGUGCUAAAAUUGCAACAUUCUUUGAAAGCUGUGGCGUAGCAGAUCUAAUCACAACAUGUUAUGGUGGUAGAAAUCGACGAGUUUGUGAACAGUUUGUAAAAACUGGAAAGUCAAUCAAGGAAUUAGAAGAUGAGUUACUUGGUGGACAAAAACUUCAAGGACCAGCAACCGCUGAAGAAGUGAAUGGAAUGUUAAAAGCACAAAAUGUUACUGAUAAAUUUCCUCUAUUCACUGCAGUUCAUCGUAUUUGCUCACGAGAACUUAAACCAACAGACUUAAUUGAUCAAAUACGUAAUCAUCCUGAGCAUGCGGGAGAUAAAUUAGAAUAUCUGACAAAACCGAAGCUCCACUUUGACAUAAAAAUUUACAUCAAUUUUAACAAAGGACUUCGUUAGUCUAUUCAACAAGUUUUUGUAUACUAAAGAUGAAGAUGGAAGUCAUUGAGGAUUGACAGUAAUUGUUCUUGAUGCUUUUGAUAACCGCAUACAAAAUUAUUAUAGACAACAAAUAAUACUGUCAAGUAUUAAA